CAAUUUUAGUAUUUGUUGAUAUCACUGUCGACUCAGUCUCAGCUCUGUUCUGCAUAUGGUAUUGCCGUUAAAAGUCGGGGAUCUAGGAAGAGAGAUAAGAGUGACUGGACUCAAUAUCAGCUGUUCUUCUUUGAUAACUUUAGUGUGAUUUUGAGAGGAAACAGUCAUGAGUGAAUCAGAAAAAGAGCCAAUUUUUGGUGCCCCUGUUGAAGCGAAGACUGGAGAGGGAGCCCCAUCUCAAGCACCAAUGUACUACGAUUCUACACAGAGCCCUCGCGCUAAAGCAAUCCUCUAUGGUUUUGUAUCGAUCAUCAUCAUCAAUGUUCUUGUUGCGCUCGUUUUAUGCUUCUAUCAAGGGGCCAAAACCAAAAGAGAUGGUUUUCUGUAUUUCCUGAUGGCUUGUUGUCUCAUCGGUUUAGUGGCAGCUGAAAUCAUUCUGAUACCAUUGGUGAGGAGAGGGGAUUUAGCCAAGGAGAAAUCAUGGUUUCUUUACUUUUUGGGAUUUUGCAUAUUACUUGAGUCUAUCUUUACAGAUAUUCUGGUAAUGCACUAGUACUUCAUGUGUGUCAUCAUGUCUUUACUGCAUAGAUUUAUCUUUUUCUUCAAUGCAAUAAUGGUCUUUAUUAAGUACAAUGCAUCACAGCCAAUAGC